AUGUUGAAGCACACUCUGAGGACAGCCAGGCCAUCAUCUAGAUGGCUGCUACCAUACAGGACUUCAAUGGUUAAUUGGUACACAUCAACAGCACCAAAAUUAUCGAGGAACAAUAAGCUGAAGAAUAAAAGGAAGCUAGCUGAAUUGAGACCGUUGACAUUCAGUAUACCGAACUACAUUUCUGUGAACAAACUUUCCAAUUUAAUAAAUUGUAGGGUGGAGGAUUUAAUUCGAGAUCUUAGAAAGCUGGGUUUUGAGAGUAUUACAAACAAUUAUAUAUUGUCUAAGGAACUAACGGAAUUGAUUUUGCAAGAGUACAACUACGACAUUUCUUCAUCAGCGUCUGCUCUGACAAUUAGUAAUGUAUAUGAUGAGCUGAAAUCACCUAUAAAUCCAAAGCUUUUAAAAAAACGUCCACCAGUGGUAACCAUUAUGGGGCAUGUUGAUCAUGGAAAGACAACGAUCAUUGAUUAUUUGAGGAAAUCUUCCAUGGUUGAACAGGAGCAUGGAGGUAUAACACAGCAUAUUGGGGCUUUCCAAGUAGUAACGCCCCUCUCUGGUAGAAAAAUUACAUUUCUUGACACUCCUGGACAUGCUGCGUUUUUAAAAAUGAGAGAGAGAGGUGCGAAUAUUACCGAUAUUAUUGUUUUAGUAGUUUCAUUAGAAGAUUCUGUCAUGCCGCAAACAAUUGAAGCCAUAAAGCACAUAAAAAACUCAGGUAAUCAACUAAUUGUAGCAAUAACGAAGAUAGACAAAAUGCCAGAUAAAAGCCAAAGAAAUAAAUAUUUGGAAAAAGUUGAGAAUGAUCUGAUUUCACAAGGAAUUGAAAUUGAAAAAAUUGGUGGUGAUGUACAAGUUAUUCCUGUAAGUGCAAAGAAUGGUGAAAACAUGGAUACAUUUGAAGAGUCCAUCGUAUUAUUGAGUGAUAUUAUGGACAUAAGGUCAGAAAAUGGUCCCAGAACUGUGGCGGAAGGCUGGAUCCUCGAGAGUAAAGUUAGAAAGACCAUCGGAAACGCUGCUACAGUUCUAGUUAAGAAAGGAACAAUAAAGAAAGGUGAUAUUUUACUUUGUGGAAACACUUAUUGUAAGGUUAGAAGUAUGAGAGGCAGUGACGAAAAUAAUAAAUCCUUGAAUCUUGCUCCACCUGCUGAAGCAGUUGAAAUAUCUGGAUGGAAAGAUCUCCCUGAUGUAGGUGACGAGAUAAUCCAAGUAAAAAGUGAAUCAGUAGCAAAGAAAUAUAUUACAAAAAGACAGAAACUACUAGAUGCUGAAAAAGGCGCAGAGCUGGUUGAGAAAAUGAAUGAGGAAAGUGUGCAAGUUGCACUUCAAAAGCAAGCUCAGAAAUCCGAUGAUGUUGACGAAUUUGAGAAUGAUGAUGUAGAAGAUGAGAUACCUAAGGUAAAAGACAUUAAUUUUAUAGUCAAAACAGAUGUCUCUGGUUCUGUUGAAGCAGUUGUGGGAAGUAUAUCGCAUUUAGGGAAUGAGGAAGUACAAUGUAAGGUUGUCUCAAGCUCAGUAGGCAUUCCAACUGAAAGUGACUUACAAUUAGCCAAUAUUACUAACAGUACAAUAUUAUGUUUUAAUCUUGGGCCAUUACCUAAUGAUGUUCUAAAUAACACAUUAAAAGUUCAGGUUAGACAAUACAACGUCAUCUAUAAAUUGAUUGAAGAUGUUACUCAAAUUCUUAUUGACAAUUUGAAGCCCGUAUUUGAGAAAAAGAUUGUGGCAUCAGCUGAGAUUAGGGAUAUAUUCGAAUAUAGUUUGAAAAAGAAGAAACUCAAAAUCGCUGGAUGUAAAGUAUUGAACGGCCAGAUAAAUAGAAAUUCACUGGUACAAUUAACGAGAGGGAGUGACAAAAAUAUAGUAUAUGAUGGAAAACUAUCGACAUUAAAACACGGUAAAGAUGAUGUCGCAACCGUGACUAAAGGCCAUGAAUGUGGCAUUACAUUUGAUUCUGGUUUUGAAAAUUAUGAAAAAGGUGAUAUUAUCCAGGUUUAUGAAAAUAUUCAACAACAAAGAUACCUAUAA